GUAACUACGUUAUUUUCACCUCUACUUAGCAUACUUGUUCUGUGAACAUCUUCUUCUUGGUCUGUGGUCAAUCUGUGGUGUAGAAAAAAAGAUCCAAGGAAAUCUUUGUAAAAAAGUUUGACCAAAUUGAUUGAAACAAGUGGAACCAACAUUGGAUAGUAGUACGGCUUACUACUUACUGCACGAUAAAAUAAAAAAAAUAUUAUUCAGUUUUGCAUCGGAGUUCAUAUGCGGACAAAAACAGGCACACAUUAGUUAAAUCCUCGUUCACACAUCAAAGUAUUUCUGAAGACUGUGAAAAAUAAUGGCUCGUGGACAACAAAAGAUACAAUCACAAGCCAAGGCAGCUGAAAAACAAUCCAAGUUAAAGAAGCAGCAAGGACACAGUGCCACUGAUCAAAAGAAAGCUGCACAAAAAGCACUGGUACACGUGUGUGUGGUUUGCAAGGCACAAAUGCCCGACCCGAAGACCUACAAACAACACUUUGAAAACAAACACCCUAAGAAUGAUUUACCGGAGGAUCUUAAGUCCAUCUAACAUUUGUAUUUUCUAGCUUUAAUUAUUUCUAUUACCUUCAAAAGUACUGCACUCACUGCGUGAACUGCAUUAUAACAAAAUAAUUAAUUAAGGAACUAAAAAUCUUUUUUAAAUAUUUGUAAUAAAAAAUAUCUUAUUACAUUUUUUUUUAUUUUAAAGCUCAUUAAAAAAACAUUUGCAUUAAUGAUAUAUAUAAAUAUUUAAACCAACAUAGUGGAUAUACGCUGUGUAGCAAAGUAAGUGAAAUGGUGGAUAUUGUGUACUUGAAUUUUAUUGGCGACUACACCAGUGUCAAUUCCCGGCCACACUGCUAGAUGUGGUUCACGAAGUGAGUUAAGGGCUGGACAACUACAUCCAAAUGCAUUUUUCUCUAAUCAGUUACUGUUAUAUAUUAUUUAUUACAACUGUUAUGUAACAAGAUAUAUUUUCUGUCUGUGUAUGUGUAGGUAUUUAAUAAAUUUUUCUAAAAUUAAGAUGGCAACACUUACAAAAUUUUCCUUGUUAGGUAUUCUUUCAAUUAAACAAGUAAACAGGUCUAACUGUGUCAUUCAUUAAUAAAAAUUGAAUAAGAUCGA